CAACGCACUUCAUUUAUAAAAAUGCCCAUCAGAAAUAUUCUCCGCUGUUUGCUUUUGCUGUGUUUUCUGCAUUUAUCCUAUCAAGGUCCCAUAGAAGUCGAAAUUAAGAACACCAUUGAUGAAGUGUAUGUAAAUUGCAGAUCAAACAAAAAUCCUGGACUUGUUGUAGCAGUUGUUAAAGAUGGUCAGGAAGUCAUGACGGAGUCUUUCGGUGUCAAGGACAAAAUUUCUCUGGAGCCCGUUACCAAGGAUACGCUUUUUGGACUGGGGGGCCUUUCCGCUUUAUUUGCCAAUGUUCUCUUUGCCAAGAAGAGUGCUGCUUUUGAUGCAAUAAACGAAGACACAACUCUAAGAAAUCUCUUCGGGAAUAACAAAAUCUUUAAGAAAUCCAAGCUGCGUUCCAGAUACGCAACAACACUGGAUAUAAUGGCACAUCGGCUGGGGAUAAGAAACACUCCCUAUCUCUUCUUAGACGAGACCGUAACUAGAGGAGGGCCUGUUAUCGAUCGAAUUGCUAAUAUGAGAGCUAGGGGACGGUUUAGGGACAGCAUGUUCUAUAAUGAGGUGUUAUACUCUAUUCUCACCACCAUUGGCGAGAGACUUGGAAGUGAUGCUUGGGAACGUCUGGUAGAUGUAGAAAUUUACCAGCCUUUGGGAAUGAACACAGCAAAUUUUACAACCAUAGUGUCUCCCUCAACGACGGAUAUUGCUCAGGCUUAUAAAGAUGAUGAAGGCACACUUUAUCCAGUGCCACACGAAUUUUUAAAGAAGUGGUCGAGAUUGUGUGCUACUACAUGCGUAAUGUCUAGUGUAAAAGACAUGGCAAAAUUCAUGAAAUUCCUUCUCGGAAACGGAACAAUACCAGGCACAAGCGAGAUUUUGCUUUCCAAGAAGAGUCACGAAGAUCUUUUUGAUGCCUACAAUCGUCUUCAAAACCCUAGCAUUGAGGAUUAUUUCUUAACAAUUAGAGGUCUCCCGGUCUCUAGAACACAUUUUGCCUACGCCCAAGGAAUAAAAAAAGGAAUCUACAAUAACGAAAGGAUACUUGAAAGUGCUGAUGACAUGUUUGGAUACAAUACUUUGUUGACACUGUUUCCUGAUCAUAAUUUGGGCAUAUUUAUAGCGAUGACUGGAGAAGAUAAAGACGAUCUCUUCCGAACAGCUCUUAGUAGUUAUAUUUCGGAUCUUUACCUUGGUAAGCAGGCUUGGUUGAACGCAACUCUUCUAUGCAGCUUCCCCGAACCCUUCAUGCCUGCUCCACCAGAAAGCACCCCCAAAACACACCCGGAAGUGCCUAUCGGCAGAAAUCUCGAAGAUUUUGUUGGUAACUAUACAAGUGAUAUUUAUGGAACAGCAAGCGUAGUUGAUGAAAACGGAAAUUUAAAAUUUAUUUAUGGCAUGGGCGAAUUUAAUUUGAAAAGAGAAGAAACUGAGUCAUUGAAGUUUAAUAUGUUUCCAACGGGAUUGAUUGAACAUUUGAUUCCCGUGGACGAUUUGCGGUUCAAAGAGGACCCGAACACACUUCAAAUCGAAUCGUUGAGAGUAGACAGAUUUGAUGGCGGUGUGUUUACUAAAGAAUCUCCACCUACGACAACCACCACCACAACAACACAAGCACCAGUCUCGGCUGGUGGCGUAGCAAUACCCCUCUAGAAGCUGCGAGGAACUGUUCCUAAAGAAAUAAACUGUCUAUAGAAUAAA